AUGGGUAUUCAGUCUUUAGGAACUGUGAGACCUAAUCGGCUCAAAGGCUGUAUGUUCACUUCUGACAAAGUCAUGAAAAAGAAGGGUCGAGGGAGUUAUGAGGAACAUUUAUCUAAAAUUGAUGGCAUUACUUUGAGUGCAGUAAAAUGGUAUGAUAACAAACCUGUUCAUUUGCUCAGUACUUUUGCUGGUGCUCAUCCAACAUCAACAGUGGAGAGAUGGGACCGUACAAAGAAAGAAAAAAUAAAUGUUGAAUGCCCCAGUAUUGUUCACUAUUACAAUCAGUUCAUGGGUGGUGUUGAUCCGUUGGACUCACUGAUAGCAUUGUAUCGCAUCAAGAUCCGGUCGAAGAAAUGGUAUUUGAGAAUUGUAUUUCACUUGCUUGAUCUGACUGUUGUCAAUGCUUGGCUACUAUACAGAAGAGAUUGUACAGAGUGUAACGUGAGAAAACUAGAUCAGCUCAGCCUAUUGGACUUCAAAGCUACUGUUGCUGCUUGUCUUUGCAAACAGAAUAAGGAUGGACAGAAAAAAAGGGGAAGUCCUAGUAGUUCGUCAAUGGAAACUGCAAUUCAGUUGAAGAAGAAGACUGGGUCAGCAGCACCACUGCCUGAAAAAGAAGUGAGGAAGGAUGGAAUUGGCCACUGGCCUCAAUUUUCAGAAAAAAGAGGUCGUUGCAAAAAACCAGGAUAUGUGGACAAAGACAAUAUUUCUGCAUCUGUCAAUACCAGUGGACUUCUGACCAUUACCAUUCGCCUUAUUCACAUUACUUUAAGCCCACUUGCCACCUCAACAUUCCCUUGUCCCUCGCAGGCCAUCCUCUCCACCCCCCUCAGUGGCUUCGAGACUGUAGUCUCUGCUGCCUCCACUGAGCUCUGUGGUGAAUGCUCAAUAAUGCACUCACUGCAAGCUCACUUGCUUGGACCUCCCUUCGCUGUUUAG